AUGAAGAAACAGAUCGAGUAUCUACUGGACAGACAACUGAUUCGCCCAUCCACCUCUCCCUACGGUGCACCAGUUCUCUUCACACCAAAACCAGAUGGCAGUCUACGGAUGUGCAUCGACUACCGCGCACUGAACAAACAGACAGUCAAAAACAAAUAUCCCAUACCGCGCAUAGACGACCUACUGGACCAACUGCGUGGUGCAACAGUUUUCUCGAAGCUGGACCUACGGUCGGGUUACUGGCAGAUCAAGAUGGCGGACAACUCGAUCCACAAAACGGCGUUCCGUACGAGAUACGGCUCCUACGAAUACUUGGUGAUGCCGUUCGGACUCUGCAACGCACCAGCGACGUUCCAGGCGGAGAUGAACCAUAUCCUACGGCCCCUGCUGGACGAAUGCGUAGUAGUGUACUUGGACGACAUUCUUAUCUACUCCAAGUUCAUGAAGGAGCACGUGGAGCAUCUGCGGAAGGUGUUCGAGAUCCUGCGGGAAAAUAAGUUCUACGUGAAGCUGUCGAAGAGCGACUUCGCCCUGAAGAAGGUGCAGUUUCUCGGGCACAUGGUGAGUGCUGAGGGCGUACACGUGGACCCGCGGAAGAUCGAAGUCGUUAAACAGUGGAAAGUACCGGAGAACGUGAAGGAGUUGCAGCAGUUCCUUGGCUUCGCCAACUACUACAACAGGUUUGUGCCACAGUACGCUAAGAUAGCAGCGCCACUGACCGACCUACUGAAAAAGGAUACACCCUUCAAAUGA